AUGCAGACAUUAAAAUGUGUUGUUGUAGGUGAUGGUGCUGUUGGUAAGACGUGUUUAUUGAUUUCGUAUACUACGAAUCAAUUUCCUGCCGACUACGUACCAACCGUUUUCGACAACUAUGCGGUUACUGUAAUGAUUGGAGAUGAACCUUAUACAUUGGGGUUGUUUGAUACCGCUGGACAAGAAGACUACGAUAGACUAAGACCAUUAUCUUAUCCAUCUACCGAUGUUUUUCUCGUGUGCUUUAGCGUUGUGUCACCACCAUCCUUUGAGAAUGUCAAGGAAAAGUGGUUCCCUGAGGUACAUCAUCACUGUCCCGGUGUCCCAUGUUUGAUUGUUGGUACUCAGAUAGAUUUAAGAGAGAAUAAAAUGGUCAUUGAGAAACUACAACGGCAAAGGCUACGCCCGAUUACUCCAGAACAGGGUGAAAAGUUUGCCAGGGAGCUAAGGGCUGUGAAGUACGUCGAAUGCUCUGCAUUAACACAGCGUGGGUUGAAGAAUGUUUUUGACGAAGCUAUUGUAGCAGCACUCGAGCCUCCUGUUAUCAAAAAAAGCAAGAAAUGUACUAUCUUGUGA